UUCAAUCAGCUGAUGGUGUUUUCUCCUUUGAACUCACGUGGAACGAGAUUCAAACUCUUAAGCCCAAAAUCGAGAGUUUCUUCCCGGAUCUUCCUAGAAAUCCUGUAAACAAGAACAACGCCAAGCUUCUGACCCUUCCCGAGUUUUUGGAACUUGCCAAAACAGUGGGAGCACACGGUGUAUUCAUAUCCAUAAGGAAUGCUGCAUUCCUUGCUUCGACGAAGGGUCUUGACCUAGUCGGUACAGUCUCUUCAGCGCUAAGCCACUCCAUGUUCGAUAAGCAGACACUACACAAGGUUAUGGUCGAAUCAGACGACACUUCAGUGCUGGAUGCGUUCAAAAAUGUGGCAACGUACGAGAGAGUGUUGUACCUCAAGGAUGCCAUAGGUAGCGUACCGGACCAAGCAGUGCAAGAGGUCAAGAAAUACGCGAACGCAGUUAACUUGCGCAGAAACUCCAUCACGGUCGCUGAAAACAGCUUCAUCGCCAACUUCACUCACACCGUCCCAGCCUUCCAUGCUGCUAACAUCUCAGUAUAUGUUGGGUAUCUGAGGAAUGAAUACCAAAACUUGGCCCUCGAUUAUCUGGCUGACCCGUAUGUUGAGCUCGCCACGUUGACCGCCCUACAAGUUGACGGCUUCUUAACAGACUAUCCCUACACUGCAAAUCUGUUUUCCAGAUCAUCGUGUUUAAACGAGCAAUCUCCAUAUGUUAUAAUGCCGGUCCAGCCAGGUAUGAUGUUCCCACAAGAAGGAGUAGCUGAGCCACCUCAGCUCAGCCCGAAGGAUGUGGUUGAUCCACCUCUGCCUCCGGUGGCCAAGGCGCCCUCGCCUCCUCCGGCUGCCACCCCAAACAAACAAACUUCUUCAACUACCAACACAUUAAGAGUUAGUGCUCAGAGCUUAUAUUUUGCUGCAGUGGUGCUGCUUCUUACCAUCUAUACAUAGAAAUCCCAUUUUCACAGACAAUGAGAAAUAUACAUUCACACACACCGAGAGAAUGUGAGAGUGAGUGAUCUCUGGAGUUAGCCAGAUUGUUGUGAAAUAUUGAUGAUGCUCUAGAAUCAGAAA